GCUACCCGACCUAUAAAGAGAAGGUGAAACGGCGUCCUGGAGGUCGCCCGGAGGUCAUCUACAACUACGUCCAGCGUCCCUUCAUCCGCAUGUCCUGGGAGAAGGAGGAAGGGAAGAGCCGCCACGUGGACUUCCAGUGUGUCAAGUCAAAGUCCACCACCAACCUGGCUGCAGCCGCUGCAGAUAUUCCCCAGGACCAGUUGGUGGUCAUGCAGCCUCCGGGGCCGCAGGUGGAUGAGCUGGACACUCUGCCGCAGCCGCCAGGCGUCAACGAACCCCACCAGCCGCCGUUCGGGCAGGGUCCGGAGAACAACGCGGCCCCCCACUUGGCGCAGGGCUAUGAGGGCCCCAACCAGCAGGCUCAGGACAGUCCGAGCCAGGCCGCGCACAACCUGGCCCACAGUAACCAGCAGCACGGCAGCAGCCACACUCAGGCCACUUACCACUACGAGCCGGACCCAGACACACCGUCACCCUCGGCAUGAGACUGGCUGCACACUUUAUCCCCAACCCAACACCACCACCGCUGUGUUCACACUGACGGCAACUCGUGCUUUUAUUGACACCGUCACACUGAGAUAAAUUCAGAGCUGGGAAAUGCUAACGAACUAAAAAAUAACCAACCUUGACAUAAUUCUUCUCUGAGCGUUCUCCAGAGUGAGGUUGGUAGGGAAGGCGAGAAGCACAGAAACCAACAGCCAAUAAGCACACAAAGUUCAGCCUUCCUCAGCUGACAUUAAACCACUUGUUGCUUUCAGUGUGAACGCAGACCUUGUUCCCCCUCACCCCUUCUCGUUCUCCUCGUCCUCCUCCUCCUGAGUGGCAAAACACCACUUUGCCUUCUGUUGCACCUCUGCUGCAGCCAUUCUCAGUCAGCACAGUGUCCGAAUGAACCAAUGAACUGUCCAGCAGCCAGGGAUGGAUGAUGCACAUCAGCAGGCUUCCUCACCCACCUCUGUUCACUCUGUUUUUAUUUAUCUGACCAAAGGAGACUUGAGUUGCGUUCUGUAUGCAUGUGAAAAGAGCGCUGUAUUACAUCAUAAUGAAGCGCGCGUGUUU